AUGAGCAAAUUCAGCACACAAACAAUAUCCAGGCAGAGCAUAACCACCAGCCGCCUCCAAAUGCGUCAGGAGAAGAGAACUCGCACAAGAAAAAUGACUACCAGCUGCCGAAUUAUCUCGAUUGGGCGUCAAAUCUUUUGCUCGACCAAAAUAACGAUUUCUUGGACUCGUUUGACUUUGAGCAUGGUUCCAACCAAAUGGCUCACAAAGGCUAUGCGAACGCGACCGGCUCGCGAGAGAAAACGCAACCGCUACCGUCCCUCAAUCUGCCGAAUGAGCCUCAGGCCAACUCCGCUCCUCCUAACGAGUACCCUCAGAGUAACAGUCUGGAUCAGCAGAAACAAACUCAACCACUGCAAUCUCAAUCUCAGCAUAGUCAAUCUCAGCCAUCUCAGCCAUCUCAUCCUCAACCAACCCAAUCGCAACAAACCCAUGUACAGCAAGCUCAACAUCUACCAAACCACCAGCUUCAACAACCUCAGCAAGCUCAGGCUCAGACUCAGGCUCAGACUCAGGCUCAGACUCGGAAUCUUCAGCCCCAAACAAAACGCAACCCAACCAGCCCAGUCUCAUUCGGCGCCUCCAGGCGUCCAACCUCUGGCUCAGAUACAAUAUACGGACCCUCGUUCGAAACUGCGCAGGCCGUGUGAUCACUGCCGAAGACGCAAAACAAGAUGUGUUAUUGUCCCCGGAGCACAGAAUUGUGUUCAAUGUGAAGCCAAGUCGCUCUCGUGUACAUACUUACCUUCGAAACCUGAAGAUGAACCAGCGACAAAACGACUCCGAAAACAAGCGUCUCCAUUGCUGGAAAAUGGAUAUAGGCCACAGAUGGACAUUGUUCCGCCGAAUGUUCCUAUCCGGGAUGUUCCCCCAGUCCAAGAUUAUUCUGUCAUGAAUAAUUCUUUGCUCAAAAAAACCCUAUCACUCCAAUAUCCACGGUCAUCCUUCUAUGUGGGUCCAACGUCUUAUCUCUUUGAUUGGAACCUUUUGGAUGCUAUAAUUGAUGCCCAGAACCGACUGCAACCCAAUGGAUCAUAUAGAGCAAACGGAAAACUGACGUGCAACAAGAUUGAGCAGAUCAACUUGAGCGAUUCUAUUUCCUUGAGAAAAGUCGGAGAACGAACGCAAUUUGUUCUCAAAGACGACCAAUCUAAACAAUCAUACCUGACAAUGUCCAACGAUGUGGAUGCUAUUGAGAAAUUUGUUGCUCCUCACGGCCAAAUCUUGAUCGACCUAUAUUUUCGCAUCAUUCACCCCUCAUACCCUAUAUUGCAUAAAAAAGUUUUUCUCGAAAAAUACUCCCGGACACAUCGAGAGUUCAGUGCUCCUCUUUUGGCUGCAGUCUAUGUCCUUGCGAUUCAGUGGUGGGACUAUGACCCGCAGCUCAACAGAUUUCCUAAACCUAACGUCAGACUCAUCUUGAAAAUCGCAUUGAACAACUAUGUGCUGGAAAUCUUGAAGCGUCCAAAACUCAGUGCUGUUCAGGCAGGUUUGUUGCUUUUACAGUGCAAACACAUUCUUCGGGAAUUUGGCCAGCAUGAUCCCUCAAACACCGAAAGUAGCGCAUCUGCGUCUCUCAGUUCUUCGUUCACUGAUUGUGGCUACAAUGACUGGGUUCUAUGCUCUCAGAUUGUCGCCUUAUCCGAAGAGUUAGGAUUGGGUCUAGAUUGCGACCAUUGGAAGUUGCCAAAAUGGGAGCGAGGCUUACGUAAAAGACUCUCAUGGGCAGUUUACAUGGAGCAUAAGUGGUUGGCGUUGAAGAAUGCUCGCCCUUCGCACAUUGAUGCGAAUAACUGGGAAGUCCUGCAAUUGAUUGAAGAGGAUUUUCCCGAAAAACAUGGCGAUGGGGAUUUGAAAGAAGGUUCAUCCGAUAUCACCAACGGGAAAAAGAACUUCAUGAAUUUAAUUCUUUUAUCCCAAAUCCUUUCCGAUAUUCUCACAUCUUUGUACUCCAUGAAGGCAAUGAGAGAAGUUACUGACAUCAAUGAUGUUCUACGCAUCGCCAAGCCUAUUCAAUUGCGUUUGAAAACUUGGUACCAUUCUCUUCCUGUCGAGCUCCAGAUGAACUCUGUUCAGCCGCGCAAACUAUGCUCCAAUGGCUAUCUUCAGCUUGCUUACUUCGCUACAGAGUUAACCCUCCAUAGAAAGAUCAUAACUGUUUUGCAUCAGCUUUCACUCAGUGGUAAGGAAGCGCCCAAGGAAUUAAUUGAUGUUUGCCGUGCUGCUGCUAAAACAAGACUUCUGGCGUCUAUUGAGUUUGUGCGUGACCUCAAGCCAGAGCAUAUCCACUCCUUCUGGCACUCGUCGUCAGCGGAGAACUUCACAUUAAUCGGAACUUUCGCAGCGCUAUUGUUCAUCUCUUCAACUACAAAACAGGAGUCAGAGUACUACAAAGACCAGAUAUUCAAUUACAGAUGGAUCCUCAAAAUAUCUUCUAAAGGCUUUGUGCAAGUUGGAGAUGCAUUACAGAAACUAGACCUUGUUUUGAACCAUGUUCCAGGUCUUCUUAUUGAAAACGCGGAACAGCCAAUGGUUGUCCCAAAUGUACCUACAAUCGACUACAGCAAGCUUUAUCAGCAGCAGCAGAUGCUGCAAUCACUGCCUAUGUCUGUAUCGCUGGCGGACACCGCAACGUAUCCACAAAACCAGGGCCCUCGUCCCUUUCAAAACCGAUUUAACUCAUAUGGCCCGGCAAACACUCAAUUCAUGAAUGCAGGGGGAGUUAGUCCUAGAUAUGGCACCAACAACAAAAACCCAGACAUGACGCGGCCCAGCUCUGCGCAGCAGUAUCGGAUGAGCACACAAAAUCAUUCGCCUUACUCCUCUCCUCAGACAUUCAAUCCUUCCGGAUUUCAGCAACCGCCCCCUUCGCGCAUGAACCAAGUCGGAGUUAAUUCACCACAAUCCUCACAAGGUUUGUCACCCAAGGAAAUCAUCCGACAGCAGAAAUUGGUUCAUGCCAAUGAGGCACUGGGUGAAGGUACGGACCGAAGAGCGAGUUCUGCUAGCCGUGGAUCGGAUAUCAUGUCCGGCAAAGACAAUCACUCUUCAAACUCAAGUAGCCCAUUGAUGAUACGGUCGCCUCUCGCACAGCAACAGCGUCCGUCGGUGCAAAACGGCAACAGUGAUGCAUAG